CGUACGCGUUAAUCCGCGGCCGAUUUCGAAGAGCGGCUACGAGCGCGAAACUUUAAGAAACGCGGGACUUGUAACGAAAACGUAUCCAAGGAUGGACCUACAUCCUCAUGCAUCGUUCACACGCAUCGUUUCACCUGCAUGCUACUCACAACAGAAUUGGAUUGCUUCGACAAGUCCGUGCCUAACUCGUCAUUCAAACUAUCAAAUUAUGUCGAUGAAUGGAUGAGCGAGAUGAGUGCGCGCCGCGCACUAUACCGAUCGGUAGCGCCACUGAGCGCCGAUUAUUGGCGACACCAAUGUCAAUCGAAGCAACAGUGAGCAAUAAUGUGUCACGAUAUCCGGGGAUCGUGAUUGUUUAAAAUACCUGUUUUGCUUUAUAAAGUAAUCACUUGCGCGUGUCAUACAGUGAACCGACAUACUUGAUCUUGCAGUGAACACGGCUUCUUUGCAAUUAUAUUCAACAAGUUGUAUUCAAACUGUCGCUCCGUGAAUUUUACCUCGAAUAAAAAAAAAAGUUGAUCAGCCGAGACCUUCAUCUUUCACCAUGGCUAACGCCCGGGCUCUUCAUUUUGUGUUUAAAAUUGGUGAACGCAAAUUGACCACAAAAUUUUAUAGAGAAAUCCUUGGAAUGAAGGUACUGCGACAUGAGGAAUUUGCAGAGGGUUGCGAGGCUGCCUGCAACGGGCCUUACGCGAAUCGUUGGAGUAAGACUAUGGUAGGAUAUGGUCCGGAAGACAGCCAUUUCGUAUUCGAGCUCACUUACAACUAUGGAAUAAAUUCGUACGAGCGAGGAAAUGAUUUUAAGGGUAUAACAAUUCGCUCUAAAGAAGCAAUUGAAAGGGCUCGAUCUCUCGGUUGGCCUGUCCAAGAACAAAAUGGGAAAUUUCUACUUGAAGCACCGGGUGGUUACGAAUACCUCAUUAUCGAUGAGCCGCAGCCAACAGAUAGAGAUCCUGUUGAAAAAGUUACUCUGUCAAGCUCUAAUCUGCAGCGUACAAUCACAUACUGGAGAGAUGUUUUGAAAAUGACUGUCUUUCAGCAAGUGAAUCGCAAAGUUCUUUUGGGAUAUGACAACAAUCAAGCCAAGCUUGAGUUCGAGGAUGUCGGCUCAGGAAUAAACCAUGCAAAGGCCUAUGGAAGGAUUGCUUUUUCGGUGCCACAUAACGAUUUACUUCUUCUGAACGAAGAAAUAAAGAAGUCUAAACAGAAAAUUCUCACGGAUCUUCUGUCUCUUGAUACCCCAGGCAAAGCCACUGUGACUGUGCUAAUAUUGGCUGAUCCAGACGAUCACGAGAUCUGUUUUGUUGAUGAUGAAGGGUUCCGAGAACUAUCCAAACCCGAUUAUCCAAGUGAAGCCAUUCUCGACAGAUUCAUUGCCAAGGAAGAUAAAGUCGCCAACCAAAGUGCAUAGCAAACUUCAUCGAUAUUGCAAAUAAUAAUGAUUUGCUUAAUCGGCGACAAGUGGAUUGGAUUAUUUUUAUUUUCGUAUUCAAUAUGUUCUUCAAAGAAUGUUUAUUCAAAUAUUAAGAUGAGGCGUAAAUGAUACGCAACUCGCUCUGUUGGGUCAAUUCGUUUUAAUGUCUAGAAUUAAGUCAACAUUUUUUGGAAUAAUAUAGAAAAAAAAAUAUAGCUCGUUUCAUCAAUAAAUAAAACCUAGACAGUUCCAGAAGAAAAA